AUGAUUCUGGGCAUUUCCAGUAAUCAUUUAAGAGUCCUGGUGCCACUAAAGUGGUCACUUCAGAAAGGUCCGGGGCGCGUCGGCUUUUGUCAAAGAGAAUUUGUAAAAGACGAAGAAAGACUGAAAUAAAGCAAGUUUGCUCCAACGCAAAAUUUCAGCUCUUGUCCACGAUUUACGGGGCCUAAUUUUAUGGAUAAUUAUUACGCUUUACCUGCUUUUGAUGUUGAAUUUCAUUAUUUUUCGAAGCGUAAUGCCCAAAAUUAUUCUAGAUCCAAAAAGAAAAUAUCCAGUUUCCGUUGAUCCAAGAAAGCUCAUUUCAGUUCUAAAUUUUAUUUUUCUCUGUUCAAAAAAAGAUUGAAAUUUUCCCAAUUCAGUACCCUUACCUUCGAAGCUACGAGCAGCUGCUCGAGAAAGACGGCCGAGGCGUCCGUCUGAAGCCCAGCAAGAUGUCGUCGUACGGCGCGAUCGGCGUUGAUGACGAGUUCGUCUCCAUUUUUGUCUUGAUUUCGAAAAAACUGCACAGUGGUUCCUAUAGGGGCGAAAUUUGGGGCACUUGGGGGGUCCCCUCUGGGCUUGCAAAAGUGGUCCCCAUAGGGUUUUAGUUAGUGGCCCCUCUAGGGGACAUACUAGUCGAUUAUUGCUAUGAACUUCUUUAAGUACCGGCAAACUUUGGGGCCCUUGGAGGGCCCCUCUAGGGACCAUUUUACCGCUUCGUUCACCCCAAAAGGGGACCUAAUAGGGGUUUUAGUUAGUGGCCCCUUUGGGGGAAAUACUAGUCGAUUAUUUCUGUGAACCCCUAUAGGGGCCGGCAAACUUUGAGGCCCUUGAAGAGUCCCCUCUAGGGAUCAUUUUGAAACUAAUUUCACUACAAAAGGGGUCCCCAUAGGGAUUUAGUUAGUGGCCCUUAUAGGGGACAUACUGGUCGAUUAUUGUAACUUUUUCGGCCGCUGUAGUUGCUGACUUUCCUCUAACCCCCAUAGGGAUCACUCCGGAAUUCCUAAGUGAGAUUAUCUUUUCCAGCCUGGAGCCCUUGAUCGAAACGGACCGACGACCGAGGGCGCCGAGUACUAGAAGAAGGACCAUGUCAGCUUCUCAAGCUUUGGUGGGACAUUUUGUAGAGGACCUCUGUGAUUUCAAUAGUUUAAUGUACUUUUUUUCAUCAUUUUUGCCAAUUUUCACUAGUUUCAAACAUUUAAAGUUUUUAUCUUGAGCCUGAUCUUCAGAAAAAUAGAACGGAUGCUUGCUUUUAUUUUACUCAAUUUUUUUCAAGGCAACUUCUCCGUCGAGCUUUGGAGCCGGCCGUCAGCCGUACUUAUUUUCGGGUUAGUUUGGCUGAAGUGAAAAAAAAACUACCCAAAAUGGAUGUCAUUGGAACUCUGGGGUUUUUCUGGAAACUGGCACAAAUAUCACUUUAAGAAAACAAUCGAAGUCUCAGAAAUUCUCAUUUUUCGUGAAAAAAGAGUUCAAGGGGUUUAAGAAAGGUUUUUUCCCCUUAAGGCGUCGGUUUCAGGGUUUUUGUAAAUGACCAAUUUACAGAGAAUUUAAAGGGAAACGAUUUUUUGAGGAGCUUCAAUUUAUUUUUUAGAUUAUUAGUCAGGCAGCUUCUCCCCUUCUCCAUGCUUCUAAAUCUCGAAAUAGAGUUUCUUUUAGGCGGAUUAGGCCUUCGGGAAGACAGCAUGAUGUCGCUCCACUCGGAGGAGGAUCAUCAUCGCGAACAUAACAACGCUUUGCGAUAUCGCCUCCUGAAUCGGCUCGAUCCCGGUGGAGAGCAUUUCGUCAGUUUAUAAGAAACCAAUAAAUUAACCAACUAGCGGCUUAUCCCGAUUUAUCUCAAAAAAUCGACUCUCGAUCUGAAUCUAAUGUUGUAUAGUCAUAUUGGUUAGAAUCUAUGAUCUGACUCAUCAUUUAAUUUGAAACAGUUCUGAGGCUUUUUUUCUAUUAUCCAGAAUAAGGAUACGAGGAUUUUUUUCUAAUAACUUUUUCGUUUUCGUGGUAGAACUACUAUAAGUUAUCGCCAGUUUUUUUCUCCUAGCCAUAAAAAAAUUUCAGCUCACUGAAGGAGUUGGACCUUGUAGCGGCUUAAAGAACAGUUGAAAUGAAUUUAAAGUUAUAAAACUAUUCUUAUGUAAAAAUCAAAAAAAAAUGUACAUUUACAGACGAUGCCUGAUCACGUAAUACCAGCCGGUCUUUUCUCAAUUUUGCCCUUCGAAGAGCUCAAAGAUCGGUCCGGCAAGCAGGGCAGCAUAGUUACUAUGUACUGGUUCUCCUGUUGAAAAAAAAACUAGAAAAUUAUCAGAUUUUCGAUUUGGAACACAAUGAUGGGCACGUCGUUGCUCGCCAUGCCGUGGGCUCUUCAGCAAGUUGGUUUUUGUGUCUUACUGUAGGGUUUACUGUAGAUUAUUUUCUUACGGUAGGAUUUAUUGUAAAAUAUUGUCUCACUGUAGGGUUUAUUAUAGGUUAUCGUCUUACUAUAGGAUUUACUACAGGUUAUCGUUUUAUUGUGGGACUUACUGUAGAUUAUUGUCUCACUGUAAGGUUUACUAUAGGUUAUCGUCUUACUGUAGGAUUAACUAUAGAUUAUCGUCUUACUGUAGGGUUUACUGUAGAGUAUUUUUACCGUAUUUUCCAAUGUAGGUUGUUGUCUUACUGUAGGAUUAUUGAGAUAUCACCUGUACGGAAUCUGAUAGAGAAAAUAACUAGUCUUUAUUUAAGAUAUAUAAGCAAACUCAAAAAUCGACUACAGUAACCAGGUUACGGUAUAGAAAUAAGACAAAGCGAGAGAGCUGUGGUCGCCCGAAGAAACGCCAGAGAAAGAGAGCAACUCUGACUUCUCUGGCGCCUCUUCAGGCCUCCGUUGUUCUCUCGUUUUUAUUAAUUUUGAAUAAUUUUUUUUAUGAAUGAUUAUUUCAGACCAUCUGCAGAUGAUUGAAAGUUUAUCAAAAAAUCUAUUUCCGAAUGAAAAUAGAGAACUUCCAAGAAGUUUCUUUAGCUUCAAAUUAGUGGUUUUGGUGAACAAAUCUUGAGAAAACCACCUUUUUCAAAAUGUUAGAAAAUAAUUUAUUAUCGAAUAGUAGUUUCUUCUCAAACAUUUCCUCAAGAAAAAAUCCUUCAGGCCGGACUUGUCGGAGGAAUAGUUAUAAUGCUCGCAAUGGCGGCCCUCUGCUUCUACACGGCCUUAAUCAUCAUUGAAAGUCCUGCUAAACUCCGUAAUACCACUAUUUUUAUUUUAAAACGCCUCAAAAUUCAUUUCAGCCCCGAACCUUGGCUUAGACUUGGCGGCGGCGGAGUUCAGCGACGUCUGCAAGUAUUAUUUUGGACGGAUAGGUGAUUUUUUGAUUUUUCCUGUAUUUUUGAAGGCAUUUUGUAAGUUUUAAAUGUAGCUUUUUCCUUUUUUCUAAUGAUCCGGCUUCUGAAAUAGAAUGAAAAGAGAAGCUUUCUUAUGCGGGAAAAUGAAGCGUUUCUAACACCUCUGCGCCCUCUUCUCUCUCGGCGACUCUCCAGCUUUUUGACACUAUUUUCACGUUACUAUAACCUUGACGGGGAGAGAAAAGAGAGCGCAGAGAGGUCAGACGGAAGUAUGAAAAGAAAAGCCUUCUUAUACGAGAAAAAUGAACAAUUUCCGACACCUCCGCGCCCUCUUCUCUCUCGUCGACUAUCCUGUUUCCUCACACUGUUUUCACUUUUCUAUAACCUUGGCGGUGAGAGAAAAAAGGGUGCAGACUGGUCAGACUGAAAUAGUAAAAAUUUGAGCCCCUUCUAUGCGGAAAAAUAAAGAGUUUCUAACAUCUCUGCGCUCUUUUUUCCCUCGGCGACACUAUUUUCACGUUUCUAUAACCUUGACGGCGAGGGAAAAGAGAGCGCAGACAGGUUAUACUAAUUCGAGAAUGAACUAUAAUGAAAAAGUCUCCAGGUGAAAUGACGGCGAUCGUCUUCUCGGCUAUAGUGUUGGUCGGUGGAAUCAUCGUUUAUUGGGUUCUCAUGUCCAAUUUCCUUUUUUAUACUGGCGCCGUCGUUUACGGUAGCUUUUAAGAUACUGUAGUUGAUAUUUCACUAAAGUAUUUUCAGAAGCUCUCCAGCCGAACAGCACCACGAUUCCUGUACUCGAAAACAGGACCUUCAUUUGUGAUGGUGAUUUUAUUGGUUUUUCGAUUGAGAAAAGUUUUAUACAGUAGGUACACUGGUUCAAUUCCUCUCGGUGUAACUCAAUUUUUGCUUUUUUUUUAUUAGGGAUGUUCAGGGGUUUCCAUUAAAUUGAAUUGAGCUGAGCAGGUUUUGGUUUCUUAAAAGUCUCGACCUUCUGAUUUUCCGAAUUCCAAGGGAAACAUAUUCCUAGUUUCAACAAACGCUAUUCCGUGAAAAAAAGAGCUCAGAGUCUUAGUUUUAAAACUUAUAACCGGUCAGAAGGACUCAAUAAAUGGGAUUUUUGAAAAUUAAUUUACAAUUUUUUCAAAAGCAGCUGGGGUAUGGGCUUUGAGGACACAAGAUAGGAAAAGGUUGAAUAGUACUUUUGAGGUGUUAUAACUUCCUAGAAUGACAAAAGAUGUUUCAAAAAAAUUGCGUUAGAGCUAUGAGAUCAAAGUAGGUCUUCUAGCCGACUCACGGCUGGCUUGAGCCAUCGAAAAAUGGGUUCUGACACGAUGAAAAAGGAGAGAGUGCCUGGUUGAUGGAGAGUGCAGACAGGCCACGCCCCUUUGCCUCCCAAGCUUUCUGUGAAUCGACUAUAGUCAAUUUCCAGCGAUUCAUUACUCUCUCGUUGUUAUUCCCAGCAAGUGAAUUUUCUUGAUUUAUUUAAGUAAAUUACAGUCUAUUGUCCAAACGAAGCGUUGUCGGAGUCGAUUCCCCAGUGGGAGCAGCAACUUUGGGACGCCGUCGAGGAAGUCUCCGACGCCGCCUGGAACUUUGACCGCUUCUGGACUCUUCAGGUUCUCCUUGUCGAAAGAAAAAUGUUUCCAUUAGUCGAAUUUCAAGGGAACCGUCCCGAUCUUCCUCGCCAUUGCACUGUUCCCACUGAUGAACUUCAAAUCGCCCACUUUUUUCACCAAGUUUAACGUCCUUGGAACAGGUAAACUGGGUGGGAAAUGGGCAGACUGUUGAAUGAGAAAAAAAGAUUGAAACUUCAGUUUUUAGAUAGAAAAAAUAUUGUGAGACAAGGUCGAAUUUUCAAAAAAAUUGAAGGGACAAAGAUAGUUUAGUAUGCAACACUGCAGCUUUUUGAAAAAUUAAAAAUUGGAGAUUUUUUCCUGAAAAAUGAAAAUAAUUUAUUGGGCCCAGAAAACACGUGUUAAAAAUUUGAAAGAGGUAUUUUUUAACAGAUUUUGUCGGUGGAGCGCACUUUGAAGCGCCUCGAUUUUUUUUGAGAUUGAAAUUUUUCCAUGUAUGGGUUGUACAAGGAAACAAAACCCAAAAAGUCUUAAAAAGAUGAUCGAAAAAAAUAAAUUUUCAGCGCCUUUCUUCAGGCUUCUGACUUCCAAUUUUUCUCCCAAGUUUCCAUUUUUAGUAAAUUUCUUGAAAUAUUGGUCGUAAUUCACGUUUUUCCUGAGAAAAUCCACGACCACGAAAAAAGGAUUUUUCUGAAAUUUUCGAGACUUUUUUUCAGUGUCGGUCGUUUUUCUCUUGGUCUUCGUCUUCUCGAAAUUCCUCGAAUGCGGCUGCAACAUGAAUUUCACUGACCCUCAUUCGAUACACUACGUUAAUUGUGAGAUUCAAACUUGAAACAAAAGUUUCUUUUUCAUUUAUAGUGUUCAAUUGGCAUUUCCCGGCUCUCAGUGGGACCUUGACCCUGUCUUACUUCAUUCACAACGCUGUCCUCACCAUUUUGAGGAAUCAGAAGUAUCCGGAGAACAAUGUGAGUUGAAUUAACCAAGUUCGAGAAUGGCUCAACGCGUUGCGGUCGCGGUGCGGUUUUUCUCAAACCUCCCUGUUGAAAAGGGUAAGGAAAGUCGUAUUAGGUCGGUUGCAGCUGACAGGAUAACUGAAGUAAUGAGAGUUGGAAGGCUAUUUUGAAAGCCAAAUCACAAAAUGUGAUUUUAAUUAAUCAGAGCUUGGAAAGAUGCAGAGAAUGGCUCUACGCGACGCGGUCGCUGUGCGGCCUUUUUAAAGAGGGCAACAUUAGAAUGAAGACGUAGUAGGUCGGUUGCAGCUGACAGGGUAAUUGAAAUAAGGAGAGUUAGAAGACUAUUUUGAAAGCCGAAGCACAAAAUGUGAUUUCAAUUAACCAGACCUUGAAAAGAUGCAGAGAAUGGCUCUACACGACGCGGUCGCUCUGAACAUUGCCUAAAAAGGUUAAAGUUUGAAGAAAGUCGUAUUAGGUCGGUUGCAGCUGACAGGGUAACUGAAAUAAGGAGAGUUAGAAGACUAUUUUGAAAGCCAAGCCACCCGAUGUGAGUCGAAUGACCAGAGUCCUGAAGAGGUGAAAAAUGGCUCAACGCGUCGCGGUCGCGGCGCUGUUUUCUUAGCUUCACUGCUCAAAAGCCCGAAGCAUUUUUAACAUGAAAGUCGCUUUAGAUCGGUUGCAGCUGAGAGAGUAACUGAAAGCAUCAAAAUGAUUAUAUUCUGUGUGCCACGACUGGAAAUUUCAUGUAACGACGCUCCGCUGUGCCGCUGCGCGCCUUUUCGAACCUUGAUCGCGCUUUUAUUUUUUUUUUUUUACUUUUGUUAAGGUACUCUACUUUCAUGUGCUCCCACAGCAAUAAAGAUCAAUUGAAAGCAAGACGUAGAUUCGAAAGGCGCUUCGCGAACGCACGCAGCGGAACAGCGGAAUGUCGUUUGCUGAAAUUUCGAGUCGUGGCACACAGACUAUAGUAAAUUUUCAAUUUGAGUUUGAUGAGCCGGAGCUUGAAGAGGCGCGACGAAUGGCACAGCGAGUUGCGGUCGCGUCGCGGUUCUUCUUAGCCUCCCUGCUAAAAAGUCCCGUAGCUAAAAUGAGAAGGAAGUCGCUUAGGCUCGGACACAAAAAUGUCAUGAUUGGAUGUCUGCUUCCAAAAGCCAAAAAAAUGAAAAACUGCAUUGUUUAAAGUUUUUCUAUAGCGACGGCUUUUCGUGGAAAACUAAAUCAAAUAGUUCCAAUUUUUCAGAGACGAGACCUUUCGAUUGGGUACACCUUGGUCGCGUUCUGCUACGUUUUCAUCGGCGUCACGUUUUUCGCAGCUUUUCCUGUCCAACGGAGCUGUAUCAGUGAUGUAAGUUGAUAGGUUUGAACUGAAAUGGUUAAAUUUUGUAGGACUGUAAGGGCGAAAAAUGGAGGUUGAGAAUUUUAGGAAAAUUUUCUGAUAGGUACUUUAGAAACUCCAGUAUACUUUUUAAUUUGAUUUCGGGUUGCGCGCUUUUUUCUGAGUUCCACAAGCCGCCUUUUUUCUAUGUUUUUCUCCUUUUUUUGACAGUUCUUCAACAAUUUUCAAUGGUUUUAAAAGAGUUAAUUGUAUGAAAAUAGAUAUAACAAUAAACAACUCUUUCUCCCAUAUUUUUUUUCCGUGACUGCUUUUGAACUUGGGCUCUCUGCCAAAAGCCGCGUCGCGUACGCAACGCUUCAUCCUUGCCAAUCUGUCCAUCUCGUCUUCUGAGUCGAAAAUUGACUAUAAAGUCUCAUUCAGUGGCUUCAUUUUAUCCCUUCCAGAACUUCCUGAACAACUUCGGCGCCGGCGACAUUUUGUCGAGUGCGGCUCGUCUUUUCCUCCUUUUCCAGAUGGUCACAGUCUUGCCGCUUCUAAUGUUCUUAGUCAGGUCCCAGCUCUCUUACGCCGUUUACAACGUCACUUGGCCGGGGUACAGAGUAAACUCUUAAAUAUUGAUUAAUUUCUCUUUUGAAGAAUUUGGAAAGUGAUCGGCUUGAAUUUGGCCCUCAUCGCGAUCGCUGUCACCUUCGCCACGUUCUACCCCAACGUUGGCAGUAUUUUGAGGUUUUUUUUAAUUCCGAAAUAAUUUCCGGCUAGAUUUUUGAUUCCAGUGGGUUUUCUUGUACUGGAAGCUGCUCUAGAAAAAUCGAAAAAGACAGAAAUAAGACCUUGGAAUUUUUUUGAGAACAAUGAGGAAGACAAAUUUUUUUAAAAAAACACCUUAAAAAAAUUUUUUUUCAAAACCAAGAAAAACAUGGGCUUCCAACUGUAGAAGACUUAGUAAAAUCAAAAAAGCGAUAAGGUUUCUGAAUAUUUUUAAAGAAUGUGACCAGAUUAUUCCAUUUGAGUUUGACAAAUUUUCAAAAUCUGUCAUUUUUCGGAUUUCUGUAAGCUCUACUUUUGAACUUCAGAGUGGUCCCUAUAGGGGCAUUUUUAGGGACCCUUGGAGGGUUUUCUCCAGGGACCACUUUACCAAUCUCUAUAAGAACCACUAAAACUUGUAAAAGGGAUCCCUAUAAGGGACUUGCUAAUCGAUAUUUUUAUGUACUUUAUGCGAAGACGCCGUUUCAUGCGAAAAAAUUGAAUAAAUAAGUGUUUUUUUUUUUUGAAUUUUUACCUUUGUGGGGACCACUUUUUCGGCUCCUAUAGGGACCACUCUGUGAUUCAUAAGUAUUUCUCUGUUCACUGUGAUUUUGAAAAUAAGAAUUUUCACUUGAAGAUCAGUUUCAUUCUAAUUUAGAAACUUUUCAAAACGAAGUCUUCAAAAAAAGCUGUGGUUACGGUAGUUUUUGUUUUUCGGAGCUGUGUUGAAAAUCUUUACCAAAUCGCGCGGUGGUUACACCAAUACACUAAACUUUGGGUAGUGUAAUGACAUUUUUUUCUUGAGACCAAAAAGUUGAAAAUAUUUAAUUUUCAGAUACGUUGGCUCGGUUGCCGGUCUGAUCUACGUGUUCGCCCUGCCUUCCCUUGUCUACAUCAAAAAUCAAAAAGAACUGGGAACUCUUACGAAUCCAAAACGCAUCUUCCAUUACGGGAUCAUCGCCAUCGGCGUUCUAAACUUGUUGGCUCAAUUCGCAAUUUGA